GUUUGCUUUUGAAUCUCCUCAUUUAAUCAACUUCUAGUAUUUAGAGGAUUUUCUAUUUUUGUUUUUUAACUAUUGAUAAAUUGUUUACUAUUUGAUUUGAUUUGUUGCUUUGUGACAUAAGAAUGCCACUCCCCACAUUCCCUAGAAAGAAAACACGCCUGGAGAAUCCUGUGAUUGUAAUCUAAGUUUCAUUCUCAAAUUUAAAAAACGAAUAUACAACUGGAGUUGCGAUUAAAACGACUAAAGUUUUAAGCUAUAGGCGCUCGCAUGACAAACAGCCAGUUGAGCUCAUGAAGACCUUUUUUCUUCUUUUUCUCCAAGUCUCAUCACGUUGUUUAUUUAGAUAUUUUUUUCUAACAUUAGAUAUUGACAAGGCUUGAUUUGUUUGUGAUAGUUUUCUCCCAAAUGUUUCUCCUUGAAUGUUGAGCUGUAUGCUUUUUUUCCCUGCCAACAGCAAUAUCUUUCAUUUACAAAACGGGGCAACCAGUAAAGCUGCAAAGGGCUAUGAAAAUAGGAAACCAUUUUCUAAAUCAUUCAAUCGAGCCUUGGAAGCUUUCAAUUUUUUCAAAGACUUUUUCACUACUGGCUCUUUUUCGUAAAAGGCGUAAUAAACCUCCCUCUUAGUGGUCUAGAGAUCCCAGCAUGCACCCAAGGAGAUCUGUCUAGUUUUUCAAUAAUAUGCUUAUCUUGCAUCAUUCUCGCUAUGUCUUUUCGGAUUCGUUGAAUUUUGAUGAAGUUAGAAAGCAAUUUUCUAGGAGCAUGUGUUUUCGUAGGCAAAAUGCCGAUAACGGCUGCUGAUAAAAAGAAUUGUUCAUUUUGUUGAACUCUUCUUUGGUUAACUACCUGUAAUGGUGUUCAUAAAAUAUUUGCUGAGAAUGCUGAAAACAGUAUGGAAACGGCAGCACAUGUCCUCCCACAUGGCCACGAAUAUUUAACAGUUUCCUCGUUUUCUCUUAUCAGCUAUUUGGUAAAGGCUGUAAAAACAGACAGAUAUAAACAAAAAACGAAGGUUAAUAGUGUAAUUAUUGGCUAUUAAUCGCUGCAAGAUCUUAGACUAGAUUUGUUUCCACAGAUCACCAAAACUUCUUGGCCAUCGACCUUAGUGUCUAUGCUAUGGCCCUUCCUGACCACUUUCGCCUCCCUUUUCCGGCCUAAAUGAGCUCAGCUGGCCAGGGCAUACUUUUUAGUCUUCGUGUUUAAUUAUUAAUUCGCUUGUCAAAACACUUUGGGUCUUCUAUCGGUUUAUAAUGCGCGCAACAAAUUGGUUUUUGCAAGAGGCUCCCAAAGAGAACGAAGCCAUGAAAAGGGUUCAUACCUAGUAUCGACUUGGUAGAAAGCUUGAUAAAUACGCAAGACAAAGGCUAAAGCCCCCCAACCCCCCCUCGGUUUGAUCUGAAUUUUCAUCUUUGAAGAUCGGCCAGGUGAAUGUAUAGUGCAUAAACGAUACGAAAAACCUGAAUUGUUAUGCUCGACUGUGUAGUGGCUUACCCGCCUCACCGGCUUGGGCUCGCGAUAGGCAAUAUCUACUGACAUUGACAAAGAGAUUCCUAAAAUUGGAAGGAAUUGUAUUCAGGUAGUUGUAUCGGCCAAAUAGAAAACCUUCAGCUGCGGUAUCGUGCGUUUUCCAAAUACCUCCCCUACCAAGAUCCCGCCCUACUGCUUGCUGCUAACUGCACUCUGUGUGGUUUACUCGAAAAUGAACUUUCAGAGUGAGGCGAUAUAUGUAGAGUCCAUCUCUAUGGUAGAGUCAGAGUUUUUAUCGGAGCAUGUAGCUGAUCCUUUCUGGACAACUUUGUUCAUAAAUUAGUCAAUUUUCUGGCUUCUCCGAUUACGGUUGUAAAUGCGAACCAUAGAGAUGAUUUGUUAUUCCCUUUAGAAACGCUGUUGUAAAGCUGGGACUGCAUUUCGUAAUUUUCUUCCUCGGAAUGGACUUAGUGCCUGCAAAAGUUAAGCGAUGGGAAGACAAUGUCACUAGCGACUUUGAGGCCUUCACUUUUAUUAAACCUUUUAUUAUGAGUUUAAAUUUGCCAUUAAAAACAACUUGCGUCGGAGCCUCUGAAAAUGGGAUAUUUUGCUCAUUUAGUGUUGCCGUCUCUUGUUCCAUGUUCCUUGAGAUUGUGCCAGCCAGUUUCUUCGUAUUUAAUGUCAAGGCCUAUUAGUCAUUUUACCAGUGUUGUUUUCAGCUUCUGUUUGUUUGCUGUAAAUUUUCAGUACAGCUUGCAAAAUCCGUUGGUCUAUUGUUUUGAUGGACUUGCAAAGACUCGAGAUCUGAGUAUGUUUGCUCAUGAAUCACUGUGUAUUCCUUUGUACAAUCGAAUUUUGUUUGUUGAAAGGGAAAUUAGUUAUUUAUUAAAGGAAGUCGAGAUGUGUUCGAGAUUGAUAUGUUGAAUUUACAUGUAAAUGUAAAGGCGAACUUGAAUUGAAUUGUAAAUACAAGAGUACAGUAGGCGUGACUUGCCUAAUCAACAUUGCCUUUUUAUUGAGUGUGACAAACAUUUAAUGUUGGUCUGUCGAUUCAACUAUAUAUUUUGUACAUCCGCUAUAAAGGUACAGUCACAAAAAGUACCAAAAUUGGUGAAAUCAAAAAGGGGCUCUUGCUACAACCCCUCUAUCCAUGUGUUCUUGCUGUGAAGGCCGUCGACACGUUUUUUUGGCUGUCUAGUGUUAAGAACCAGGAGGGAGAUUUUUCGGUUCCCCUGCGAAGAUAUUUGUGUUUUUGGUCUCAACAUUGCGAGUCGCUAUCUGCCAAUGCUAUCCUUUCGUAUCAUUCUUUCGAUUUGGGUAGCCUCAACAAAUCAUAUUUAAUCCUUGAAAAUCAGAGAAAUGAUUGCUAGAAAUGUUCCCAUAAAAAAUUUUUCCUCGAGGUGUAUUGCACGAGACAGGUUCUAUGUUCAUAUUUUCAUAUUUUGAGGUGCAUGUUGCAUGUUGCAUGGGCACUGCGCCGAGUCAAAUAUGACGUCAUUCUCUGACCCCACGCCACUGCACCCUAUCGGCAAUGUUCGUUCGAGUGAAAUUUAAUCCUAUAAAGUGUCUUGUUGGUACCUUGUUGUGAUUCUUGAUCACAUGCGAUUAGUGUGUCGUUUUCAUCCGAUUAUCUGGACUUUCUCUCGAAUUAUAAAGAUUUGUCACGAAUGUUUCUGUUCGCGUUUGCCCCAUUCUUAUCAACUGUUAAACUUUCCCAACAACAAACAAAAGGAGCCUAUAGUAUCCAUUUCAUUUUGAAUUUUAUUAUGGCCUUCCAUUUGUUGUUGUGUGAAUCUUAUCACUUUGCUCUUGUCAAGGGUCUUAUGAUGGAUUAAUGGGAGGUGUUACCCCUUGUCUAAUCAAUAAAGCCGUUUUAGUUAACUAUCGGAUUGAAAUUGGUCCCUGAACCAAGAGCCGUUCCUUGAGCCGUUACUGCUACUUGUGCAUUUUUUUGUUUACUUCGCUACAACUAGCAACAGUAACCGUAUUGUCUAUAUUUUAUAAGACUAUUCUUGGCCUUGUUAUUGCUCUCUCGAAUCUACGUUUAAACGCUUCUUGGGGAUGAAGAUGACGAUUGAAAUCUCUUAUUCGUAGCCCAGCUACAAGUUUUAGUGGAGUUCAAAACGCCAGUGCUGAAACCAUUUAUCUAUACGUCCAACAGUGUUGUUUCUUUGAAGGAACUUCUGUUACGAUAAACGCGUAUGCAGACUUGGCAGACCGCACACUAAAACCAGCUUAGACGAUUUUCAAUUGCCCGAGCAGUGUUAUCAAAAGGUGGGGUAUCUCUGGCUUUUAUGGGCCAAGUCAAACACCUACCAGCCAUAUAAAGGCGCGAAUAUCUCGACUUUGCACCCUUUUGAUCCUGUUUAAUCUUAGUGACGGAUUCUAGCGUAUUUCACGUCUGGUAGAAAGACUUCCCGAGUAGCUGUCGGGUUCGCUGUCUUUUCUAGAGCUUAUGGAAUUUUCUAGAAAUGAGUCAAAGUCAUGCAUACCAAAUGAAAAUUAAAAAUUAGACGUUCAUUUUAACGACCUUCCUCUUUGCAAUACUCUGCCGCAGACUGCCAAGCCCCAUAUCCUUAACUUCACUUUUUCCUUUGACUGUCGUUUAGUAGUUUUGUGCUUUAACUUUAUACAUCACCAACCAAUUCCGGACAAAGUAGGAAUAAAAAGAAGAUGCAAUUAGGGCUCAACGGUCCUAUUCACUUUCCGGCUUCUCAAGACCCCCGGUUUAGACCUUCCCACCCCCUAACCCUUAUGUUAAUGGAACAACUUACUGCUUGUGACUGUCUGAUUGUCCGCCUUGUUCAUUACAAAUCACUACACUCGUGACCUAAUGGAUAAUAAUAGUGGCACUCGCGGCGCAAGACGCUAAAAACUGGUACACAUUUUACUCACGUGGUACAGGCAACCCGAACCUUGGGACUGGGUGGGAGGCAAGUUUAAAAUACUAAGGCUUAUGAAGCUGAAAAUGAGAUUAGAUCCAUGUGCCAGUCUCCAAGAACGCUUCUUAAAAGAAAACCCAAGUAUGACAAAAAACGCCUUGAGAAGCGAAAAUACUAGUAGAUGAAAAAGCUGUUAUUAGGAAUAAGCCUUCAGUCGAAAAUAAUUAUCGUUUGUUUCGUCGUUUCAUAACAUAUCACAAAGUUUAGUGUGAAUCGUUUAUUCAUUUCUUUAGUUAGCAAAGCUUAGUAAAAUGCGUGAAACAGUUGAGCAGUAGAAAACUCUAUAAUCAUGCAAAGGUGCACGGUUGGAAUAGAUCGAGCACAUCCUUGUCCUGCGCUUGCUAUUUGAGGCUACCAUUUUGCCUUUUUGUGCCUUUUAAUUCCGAUUCAUCUCCCUAUGUUAUCUUCUAAAUGACAUAUCUACCAUGUGAUUUGAAACCAGGUAUUCAAAUUACAAUUUCUAUCGAUAAUCGAUUUAAAAACCAAGGUUUUGUCUGCCCAAUUUGUCAAAGUUAUGAAGGCGUAUUAUGAUUCCAUCCUGCGUCCUUCCAGGAGCCUCCCCUUCAAAUAUCUUUCCUCCCUCGAUCUGAUACUGCUCCAUCGCUUGGUGACUGCGAGGUUAAUCUGGUCAUGGCCUAUUUCUACUACGCCUUCCAUUUCUGGUUCUCGUGUUCAAUGUGUGAAUGUUUGCGGCUGUUUGCUACUUGAUAAAUUCGCGAGACUGAGGCGCGAAUACCGUCUAUUUGCACCCGAGGAAAGCUUUGACUUUCAGAAAAUCUCAACAUCAGUUGAGGCUGAUUGUGGCUGAAAACAAUUUGCAGCUUCGUGUGUGUUUUUCCCGAAUCUGAGUAACUGGUUGAAAACACUUAUUUCAGACCAGUUUGACUAUUCUGUGACUCGUCGAUGAACGCUAGAUCUUUUUAGAAUUAAAGAAAGCUUCUAAUUUUCUUGCAUAUUAUAUUUUACUGUUUUCUCAUUUUUGUAUACCUCACAAAUUUUACCUAAGAGCUUUUAUUAUUCGUUGCUGUAGCCCAGAAUUCUGUUUUUUGAAUCCUUGCAUCACACAGUGCUGCUAAAGGCUGUUGUUUGAAUGCCUGGAGGAUCGUGUAAUGUGCCUGGCUUAACACGUGAAAGGCAAAGUAAACAGAUGACGUCAUCGUUGCCACAGAUUGAAAUUUGCAGAAUUUUUCUGCUCGCUUUCAGUUUCGUAGUUUACAAAAGACUUACUGAAGACUAUGGAUGUCGAAAUUUUCUAAAAGUGAAAAGUGUUCUAGUGUGCAAAUAGAUGGUAUUCGCACCUAAGUCUCGCGAAUUUGUCAAGUAACCAUGACCAAUAUCGCCGUUACUCAAGGCCAUUGGAAGAGGGGGACCGGGGAGCCCCCCCCCCGAAUAGUUGUCAAACUGUAGUAUAUUUCCUCUAUUACAGUGUACUGAAAGGGAAGUGAUACAAUGGGAAGCCCCCUCCAAUACGAGUUUCGUUCCGACGGCACUGUUACUGAUAACCAGUCCCCAUCCUGCCAAUUCCUAAAAUGCUUUGCGGUCUCUGUCAAAGGUUGUUGUUAAAUCAGAAUUAAGAAACGUACCUUGCAGUGAUAAGGAAGAAGCUGCGAGAUCUUGUACCCUGAUUUCAAAAUGAAGGGAUGUUUGAAACAAAGAGGAUGUUUUUACAAAAGCAAGUUGUGCAUUUCUAUGUAAACACGACAGCGACAGAAGUGUGAAAGUGGUACAAAAUGCAGUUCUGAGUUCUUUCCCCCAUCCUCCCUUCUACAUACCCACGAGUCAUGACCACCCCCAGCCUGUUACUGAAAUGGCUCGUAUUCUGAUGAAUUCGAAUAUCAGUGCAGUAAAAACAAGUCAACUGCGCGAAUCUCUUUGUCUGAAUCACAAGCAUUACGCAUUUUUCAGGAACGGUGCAACCUGCAUGUCGAUAUUAGAUAGCCUGCGCAUGCGUUUCAAGGGUCUAUUCAUGAAUCGGAGUUUUUAAGUUGUUGCGCUUAAUGAUCGACAGUCUGACGACAUGAGGGUUUCGGCUCCAAGUCUGGCCUAAUAAACGAUGAUAGAGAAUUGCUUGUCAAUCAAAGUUGAUCAAAGGAAGCCGGCGAUUUGUAGGUGAAUUGGACAGAUCCGCAGAAUAGUUCACACUAUCCCGAGUCUUGGUAGCAAACAGACCUGCCCAUUCACCAGCCUGAGUUGAGCAGCACUGGCCAAAAGGGACAUCGAGCUCUUCGGUUGCGAUUUUAGCAGUUUCGUUAAAAGAAAGUCGAGGGAUUUUAAGAAAGCAGACGUCGGGAAGUUAAGAAGAUGGAUAAUUCUGCAAGUGAGAUUUUCACACGUGCUAAAUGUGCAAGCGAAGUGACAUUGCAACCCACACCUGCUGAAAGUGUGACCGACCAAAUCAACUAUAAACAAGACGGUGCCAGUGAAAGCGAUGCGAGGCCUAGUUCCCCAUCCAAAGACAAAAUGGCGCAGAGUUUGGCUACGCACCUUUCCGACAACAUGGCAACAUUCAUAAGCCAUGGUAACAGCCGGCUUAUGGACGAGUCCAAAAUGACGUCGUGUUCGGGACAGCAAAUGAAAAAGGAACAAGAUUCCAAUGUGAGAGUGGCACUGCAUAACAAGGAGAUGUGGGACAAGUUCCAUGCCGUUGGCACUGAGAUGAUCAUAACAAAGGCUGGCAGACGAAUGUUUCCAGUGAUAAAAAUCAACAUAUCGGGCCUAAAUCCGAAGCUGAAGUACAUUCUGGUGAUGGACUUAGUCCCAGUUGACGACAAUCGCUACAAAUACCACAAUUCCGAAUGGACAAUUGCAGGAAAAGCAGAACCACAUUUGCCAGGCAGGCUGUAUGUUCAUCCCGAUUCACCGUCCACAGGAGCACAAUGGAUGAGACAGGUCGUCAGCUUCCAGAAAAUCAAACUUACCAAUAACCACCUUGAUCAGUUUGGUCACGUCAUUCUGAACUCAAUGCACAAGUAUCAGCCUCGAAUUCACAUCGUACAAGCCGAUGACAGUUCUCCUGUUGCCUUAAGAAGGAGCACCUUUUCAACCCACAUAUUUCCUGAAACUGAAUUGAUGGGAGUCACUGCCUAUCAAAACCCACGAAUAACUCAACUGAAGAUCGAGAACAACCCAUUUGCAAAAGGUUUUCGAGGUGCAUGCAAUACUGAUCAUUACGCAAACAUGAAAAGGUAUCAUGAACAGGAACUUUACUACGCAUCAAAGAGACCGUAUUCCCCGUCACUAGCCUCUAUGGCGUCUGGUCGCCCCUGCCAAACAUCAAUUUAUCCAACUCAAAGGCAGUCGUACCUCGCCGAUCCAUAUGGCCCUUCGAGGUACAGUCCACCUGAUUAUCCCUACUCUAUAAGCAAUCCAUACGCUGGCAAGUUAUGUGCUCCACCGCAAUCACCAUGGCAAGCCGAAGAAGACAAUCGGUCCAGAAGUACGUCACCUCAGGCACAGGGACUCUGCGCAACUACAAGCUGUUCAAACGCACCAGCUCCGCCGCUUUCACAUCCGCCUAUGCAUAAUACAGCUACUUCGUAUACGAUGCCGGCCACAUAUCUUGGCACCGGCGUCCCAGCAAUCCACGGUUAUACACAGUCACAUUGUGGCAGCUAUUCACCAACGGAAAGCCUUUACCCAAGAACUGAACAUUACAUGCGCGCUGCAUACCCAGCCAUGCAUAACUCAUGGCAGGGCGAUGGGGCGUACCCCUAUCAUUAAACUGUCGUUUCUUCAUUUCUCUGGCUAUGCUGGGCGGCCAAAAUUCCAUCUGUUUUCAAUUGCUGAAGCUCCAAAUCAAAAGACUUUCAAGAACAUGGAAUCUGCCAGAGUUUUAGUUCAUGAAGGAGUUCAUUAAGGAGUUCUGUCGAAGAUAUCUGCAGAAAAUAUCUUGUAAUCAACCUCAAUUUCGUGUCAGCCUCGUAUCCUGGUACCACAGCUCUCCAGCUGGUUUUCCAUCGACUCGUUGAGGCACUUCAUGAUGCCUCGGCACUUUGAAAUUGGGGAAGUUUUUCUUUGGAAAUAAUAUCAAAUUAGAUCGAUUAUGCAAUUAUAAAUAAUUAUUUAGGAAUCAUGUAAAAUAUUAUGCAGUGGUAUUCAUAUUUUGUAAAUCAGUCUGUUCAUUUGAUCCUGUACAGAAUUUAUCAAGAUGAUUGUUGAAA